AGUGAACCUCACCUGUUGAACUGGCCUUCACACAUGACUCAGGAGCAGAAUGAAUCACAGCUCAUAGCAUUCCGAGAGUAGGAGGAAAGGCAGUCGUGUGGCCGUGGUGAGUCGCUGACGGGCGCUCAGAGGAGACGUCUUCAGACACCAGGGCUUCAAGAAGAAAUGUAGCUUCCUCUCUGCUGGGAACUGUGUGUUUUUGACACCCGUGCACUGAAGAAACACCGGUGAAGGCGUGAUCCAUCCCAGCGGCACAGGCAAAUAUGAAGUUCUUCUGGCUAAUCCCAUUUUUCCUGCUGCAAGACGCUGCAGCUUUUCUGAUGAAAAAUGCUAAAUUCAAGCUGUGUUUACGAGCCAGCGUGGUAGGUGAGAGUUUGCUGCUGGAGGACUGUGAUCCAGAGUCAGUUUUCCAGGACUGGUCUUGGCAAGGAGAUUCUCUGCUGAAUCGUGGCACUCAGAGCUGCCUCUCCCUGGUGGGGUCCAACGGGGUGCAGAUGGGUCUCUGCGACAGAACGAGCUACAUGAGCUGGGACUGCUCGAAUUCGCUGCUCUCUCCUCUGGGUGGCAGCCAGAGCUACCUGGUGGCCAACAAGAAAGGAGUCACCCUCAGUAACGUGAGGAACCUCAAGGCCCAAUGGCAAGAUGCGGCAGACAGGAGCGUCUGCGAGGUGAAAGCAGCUGAGGCAGAGCCAGACAGGUACUUCACCGCAGCGCUUGUCAGCACACACACCUAUGACCCCAUAGCAGGGAACAUCACCCUUGCGCUGGGUAUGGAUGGAGCAGAGCUGGAGGAGCUGCUCUGGUUCUUCCGCAGAGAAGACCCCUCGACGUGGAAUUACUCCGUCCUUGCGCUUUCCUUCGUGGCCAUGAUUUUGGGUCUCGUCCUCCUGGCCCUUAACAUUGUGCGAAACAGGAAAAGGAAGAUCCACGCCUACGGAGGAGCAGAGCAAAUGGUCCAGCAGGAUGAGCUGGAAGCCAAGCAAGCCCUGAUGCCCGUGCAGGAGUACAGCCCAGCCCAACUGCAAAAGCAGGAGCCGGUGCCCCAGGAUCAUAGAUCAGGAGACGUGAUGGUCCAGUGGAAGGACGGGACCGUCACCUCCCUGUACACAGCGAGGUCUGAGGACGCCGUGUAACGGCAGCUGACGUCAAACCAUUUAGGCCUUAAGGAAUGUGUCAGAACGUCUCAAUUCGGAGUGAUGGAAGUUUAAAAAUGCAGUUUAGCCUGGGGAAAAAAAGAGAGAGAAUAAAAAGAAAGCAGCAGAGCUGCACCAGGUGGCUCUGGACUGGAGGCAAACCCGUGCCUCCCCCGUUUCAGCUCCUGGCUGGUCUUCACCCUGCUGCCUCCAGCCUUCUCUCCUGCACCAGCAUCACCCCCUCCCUCGGCUGCCACCUUCCUCCCUGCGACGGGUGGGAGCUGAGCUGGGGCGGGAGGUGGGAAACUGGGGGCUCUUCCUGAGGCCGGCCAGG